GGUUGUUUGGGAUUGCGGGAAAUAUACCUCUGGUGCAGAAUCUCCUGUUGGAGCAGAAUGCAAGUCGGACUACCCUAGGCACGUGCCCACAAUAGGUUUUGCUCUUUCUGCGCGCCAGGUUCACCAUAAGGUAUAAAGAUUCAUUCAGUGAUAAUAUUUAUUGAAAAACGUCUAUGUUGAAAUGGACUCAUACAUUUCACAACCAUGUUAUUCAAGGCUCAGUUGUACUCUUUCCCUGUGGAUAAUUGUGUUAUUGGCACUCACUGACCUCUUUGUACAGUCCUAUGCAAUAACAUCCCUGUCAUAUUUCAGAUGUUCAUUCUUGAUACAUCAUCAAAAGUAUAGUGAUUCCAAGAUGGUUUGUCAUACAGCUCUUUAUCCUUGUUCUGUGUACGUUCAAGUACCCAACAGAUAUUUUGCUGCUGCAACAAGGCCUGCAAAGAAAACCAAAAAAGGUACCAAAGAAAAAGCAUCAGAUGAUAAAAAAGAUGAGGUAGAAAAAAUAAAGUCAUACCCCUAUAUGGAAGGUGAACCUAAGGAUGAUGUCUACUUAAGACGCCUAUACCCAAGACAGAUAUAUGAGUUGGAGAAGGCUGUUCACUUACUUAAGAAAUUUCAAGUUCUGGAUUUUACUAACCCAAAGCAAGGUGUUUAUCUUGAUUUGACACUGGACAUGACACUGGGAAAGAAGAAAAAAGUGGAGCCAUUUGCCAGUGUUAUUAGUUUUCCAUACCCAUUCAUUUCAGAAGUUAAUAAAGUUGCUGUAUUUACUGGGAAUGCUUCAGAGAUUAAAAUAGCAGAAGAAAAUGGAGCUGCAUUUGCAGGUGGAACUAAUCUGAUUCAAAAGAUUUUGGAUGAUGAAAUUCAAUCAGACUUUUACAUAGCUGUUCCUGAAAUAAUGCCUGAGCUUAACCCAUUAAGGAAGAAACUGAAAAAAAGGUUUCCAAAGCUUACUCGAAAUUCUAUUGGCCGUGACAUUCCCAAAAUGCUUGAAUUAUUUAAAACUGGACAUGAAAUUAAGGUAGAUGAAGAAAAGGAGAACUUUCUCAAGACCAUAGUAGCAACACUGAAUAUGUCAAGUGACCAGAUAGCUGCCAAUAUGCAGGCAGUUAUUAAUGACGUUUGUAGACAUAGACCACUGAAUUUGGGACCCUUCGUGAUACGGGCUUUCCUUCGAAGUUCAACAAGUGAAGGUUUGUUACUCAAGAUGGAACCGUUGUUGCCUAAAGCAGCAGAAACUAAAGGAAAUGACAAAGAAGAGCUGCCUAACAGUGCUGCAUUGUGAAGUUAUUCUUAGUAAUUAAGAAGCAACAGAGAAAAUUAUAAAACUAGUUUCUGCAUUUGGUAUUUUACUUUUUUGAUUCUAUUUGAAAGUGAGUUUUAACACAGGAAAAUCUUACAAUAUUUUCAAACAUAAGAAAAUAAAAUUUUCUUUAUGUCUGACGCUGC